UCAAUAAGAAUUAAUAUAAAAAUGUCAAGUGUCAAAGUAAACGACGGCUUACAAUAUGUUUUAUAUCUGUCAUGUAUAAUCGGAGUAUCUUGUGUCAAGAUCACUCGUUGCAACAGGGAGUUUAACGCAGAAUUUUCUAAACCGCUGGUCGUAUACAGCUAUUGUUUGUACGUCAUCAAUAAUAUAAUCGUGGUCGCAUACGUAAUAUAUGUUUUAUACGACAGGAAUGCUUCCAAGGGAUGGUUCUUGGUCUUAAUUAUGAGUGUCUCUACACGAAUCAUACCGUUUCGUAACAGAGUUAAUAGAGCUGACACGAUCAUUCAACUAUUAACCAUUAUAAAUAAGAUAAAAGAAGAUUAUAAUAUAAAUAAAUAUUCACUAAAGUUCGAAAAGAAAUACAUUUUAUGUUGGUUGAUAUACUUCGCUUCUUUAACGUUUUAUAUGGGUUUGUUAAUACAUUAUUUUAUUCGAACUUGUCAAAAUAUGUAUAACUUUAUAUAUUUACUAAUCACCUACAACGGCAUUCACUUAAUAACGUUGGAGGCAAAAACGGUCGUUUGUCAGUUUCAAGUGUACGGUGCUUUAAAGUGUGUUACCCAAAAAACGCAACAAGCUCUCAGAGGGAAUGAAUCGAUAUCCAUGCCAGCAGAUCAAAACAUACGAGAUGUGUCAAAAAUGUAUGUAAAGAUUUGCAACGUAGUUGGGAAAAUGAAUGAAGAAAACGGUUCAAUUACGUGUGCCUUAAUCAUCGGAAUUAUUCUUAGCGUAACUCUGAUAAUCUGUCAUGUCGUUAAUGUAAAUAAUGGUAUAAUAUUCCUGGAUUUUACGGGAUAUUUUUUGUUCGUUACUCUAUUGAUCCGGCUAUACGUGUAUGUGGAAUCAUGUCACUAUGUUCCCUCUGAGGUGAACGAAGUAAAAGUUGUGAUGAGUAAAGCUAUGAACCAUUACAUAGGAAUCGGUAAAGAGUUUUCAUGGGAGUGGAAUUUGAUAUUUAGGCAGUUGUAUUUGGUUGAAGCCACUUUUGUACCACUGGGCAUGAUUAAUCUCAACAGAUCCAGUUUUUCUACGGUUUCCAGUGUUCUCACCACUUACCUUGUGAUUGUUAUUCCACAAAUACGUAUUCUAAAAGAGUUUAUCUUAAAUUGAACUUCAAUAGAAAUUCUUUGGAGUGGAAUUCCGAAGUGCUAGUUAUAGUUACAAGUGAAUCCGGUCUAAGAAUUAUUUUUUCAUACCGUGAGUCCCUUCCUAAGUUAAGAUCAAACGAUUAUAGUGUGUUUAGUAUUUAUGUUGGACGACAGUAAUUUAAUUAAAAAAUUGGACAUUUAAUUUAA